GCACUCAGUGCGUGCAGCCUGCGCUCCCAACAAGCCCCGCGCGCGGCCCGUUAGGCUCCGGGGGCUGUGGACUUACUUGAGGUGCCGCGCGCUCUCUUCCACUGGGCAUCACCGUGAGACGGGUUCGGUGCCCCAGCUCUGGCCUCUGUGAACUGUGCUUCUCCAGGCAAGUAAACCCCAAGGAGGACUGACCAGUUCUUGAAUUUCUAAACCAUGGCCCAUGGAUCAGUGAUGUUCAGUGAUGUGUCCAUAGAUUUCUCUCAGGAGGAGUGGGACUACCUGGACUUGGAACAGAGAGAUUUGUAUAGAGAUGUAAUGUUGGAGAACUACAGCAACUUGGUCUCAUUGGGAUGCUUUGUUUCUAAACCAGAUGUGAUUUUCUUAUUGGAGCAAGGAAAAGAGCCCUGGAAAGUAGUGAGGAAAGGAAGAAGACGAUAUCCAGCUUUGGAGACCAACUAUGAGACCAAGAAGUUAUCUUCAGAAAAUGACAUUCAUGAAAUAAACUUAUCCCAGUGGAAGGUAAUGGAGAGAAUUAAAAACCAUGGCCUUAACAGACUCAUUUUAAAAAAUGAUUGGGAGUCCAGAAGAAAAUUUGAAGGACAAGAGGAAUAUUUCAAUCAAGUGAAAAUUACAUCUCAAAAAGUGUCCUCUUACCAAAAAUACUCAUCUUUUUCUUCACAUCAGAGACUUCAUUUUGUCGAGAAACCCUAUGAAUGUAAGGAAUGUGGGAAGGCCUUUAGAGUACGCCAACAACUUACCUUUCAUCACAGAAUUCAUACUGGUGAGAAACCUUAUGAAUGUAAGGAGUGUGGGAUGGCCUUUAGACAGACAGCACAUCUUACUCGACAUCAGAGACUUCAUUCUGGUGAAAAACUCUAUGAAUGUAAGGAAUGUGGAGAAUCUUUCAUAUGUGGCCCAGACCUUAGAGUACAUCAAAAAAUUCAUAUUGGUGAGAAACCUUAUGAAUGUAAAGAAUGUGGGAAAGCCUUCAGAGUUCGUGGACAACUUACUCUACAUCAGAGGAUUCAUACUGGAUUUGCUUUAAUCAGGUUUGAUAAGUCACGAAGACAUGGAAAUGAUUAUCAUUGAAGGAAGACGCUUAUAUGCAGAGAUUUCUGCAAACAGGAGGAACCGAGUAUACGUAGGAGAACAUGGAAGGAGCACCUAGUCCUGUUAGGAGGCAGAAGGCGGAAGAGGGCAGAGCAUGACUCAGAACCUUUACUGGAGUUUUCCCAGGAAGGAAUGGGUGACGUGAUGCCAGGUAGGUACACUGAGCAAGUUUAAGACUGGGUAGAUUGAAUAAUUUUGUGGGCUCUGAACUCCAGUGGUGGUCCUCAGUUGUCCAGUACCUGGCCCUGGGGUGAUUUAGGGCAGGAGAAAUAAUGGCUUGGUGUAUGAGAGUUUGAUAAAGGAGAUGUUUGAUAAAGGGGUGUGGACUUUGGAUUGGUUGGUUUGUAUAUCAACGGCAUGCUUGCCAGGAGGGUCGUUUGUCAAGGAAUUUGCUAGCCCUAGAAGCAGUAGUCUCUCCAAUAUCAAGUCCCCAAAUGCCAGAGCAUCAAGAAUACAGAAAAUAAGAAAAUACAGGCAAUACAAUCCUGAUUUGGACAAAUAAAAAAAAGACAACUUUUUACAUUAUUGUGAAAAAGUAAACCUGGAGUGGGUAUUAAAUUAUAUUAAAUAAUUAUUAUUCAUUUGUUAGGCAUGAUGAUGGCAUGGGAGUGCGUGUGUGUAUGUGUGUAUAAAUCCUUAUGCAUUAGAGAGCCAUACUGAAGUAUUCAAGGAUGAAAUUAUAUGUAUGAUUUGCUUUAUAAUACUAAAGAAAAAAUGGGAAGGAUAGAUGAAACAAGAUCAGAAAAAUGCUGUAAAUCGUUGAAGCCGGGUAAUGGGUAUAUAGGGUUCACUGUGCUAUUCUUACUACUUUGCAUAUAUUUGAAAACUUCCAUAAUAAAGUUUUUGUUUAAGUGGAAAAUCUGAAAUUUUAGACUACUUAGUGAUAAAUGAUAAUUUGAUCCCUACAGAUAAAAAUUUGUGGGAAGGGCUUCCCUGGUGGCGCAGUGGUUAAGAAUCCACCUGCCAAUGCAGGGAACUCGGGUUCAAGCCCUGGUCCAGGAAGAUCCCACAUGCCGCAGAGCAACUAAGCCCAUGCGCCACAACUACUGAGCCUGCGUGCCAGAGCCCAUGAGCCACAACUCCUGAAGCCUGGGUGCCUAGACUCUGUGCUCUGCAACAAGAGAAGCCACUGCAAUGAGAAGCCCCUGCUCACCGCAACUAGAGAAAGCCCGUGCAUAGCAACAAAGACCCAAUGCAGCCAAAAAUAAUUAAAUAAAUAAAUUAAAAAAAAAUUUGUGGGAAGCCACCAAAGCUCUACGUUGUAGGAAAUUAACAACCUUAAUGCAUUUAGAAAACCUGGAUUGAGCAGUUAGUUCACGACUCUGUUACCACACAUACCGUGCCUGUCACAUAGCAGGCAGUUGGCAAAAGUGUUGGGGAAAAAAAGCAUUAACAUAAGCCAGAAAACAUGUUUUUUACAAGGGCUCUCAGCAGUGAAAGCAUGAAGUCCUAACUACUGGACUGCCAGGGAAUUCCCAGAAAACAUUUAUUUAUUUAUUUAAUUUAUUUUUGGCUGCAUUGGGUCUUGUUGCUGCGCGCGGGCUCUUUCUAGUUUCGGCGAGUGGGACCCACUCUUUGUUGUGGUGUGCGGGUCUCUCAUUGCGGUGGCUUCUCUUGUUGUGGAUCAUGGGCUCUAGGCAUGUGGGCUUCAGUAGUUGUGGCUCGAUGGCUCUAGAGUGCAGGCUCAGUAGUUGUGGCGCAUGGGCUUCGUUGCUCCCUGGCAUGUGGGAUCUUCCCGGACCAGGGCUCAAACCCCUGUUCCCUGCAUUGCCAGGCGGAUUCUUAACCUCUGCGCCACCAGCGAAGCCCCGUUUUUUUUUAAUUAAGGUAAAUAGCAGGAAGUAAUUCAUUUUAAUUCAUAAAAGUAAAAGUACAAUUUUUAAAAAGUAGAAGAGGGACUUCCCUGGUGGUGCAGUGGUUAAGAAUCCACCUGCCAGUGCAGGGGACACGGCUUUGAGCCCUGGUCUGGGAAUAUCCCACAUGCUGCGGAGCAACUAAGCCCAACUACUUAGCCACAACUACUGAGCUUGCACUCUAGAGCCCACAAGCCACAACUACUGAGCCCGUGUGCCGCAACUACUGAAGCCUGCAUACAUAGAGCCUGUGCUCCGCAACAAGAGAAGCCACUACAAUGAGAAGCCCACACACUGCAACGAAGAGUGGCCCCUGCUCACUGCAACUAGAGAAAGCCCACAUGCAGCAACGAAGACCCAAUGCAGCCAAAAAUAAAUUAAAAAAUAAAUUUUUUUUAAAAAAGUAAAAGAAUAGUUAAUAAAGUAGUAGAUUUUAUCCAAGAAUAUUCUCUUUGAAAAGACCAUUAAUAUAGAAUCAGCAGUUAUUAUUGAAGGACAAAAGUUGAUUCAAUUACAGCUUUAUGUAUGGGAAUGGUGAAAUAGGUACAUAUAUCAAAGAGAUUUAAAAGUUUUAAAAUUUAUGCGUUACUAUAUACAUAUAUUUCAGUAUGUAUAAAAAUAUAGAGAAUGAGCUAUCUAGAGAAACCAAAAUGAUCAAAGUUGACUCAAGAGACUAUAGAAAGCCUGAACAAUCUAUAGAUUUUAUAUUUUAUUUUAUAUUUGAAACAAUUUAUAAUUUAUAGAUUUUAUAGUUUUAUAAUGUAUGAGAUCUGUAAACAAAGGAAAUUUAAAUGGAGUUAUGUUCUUGUUUUUAUAAAAACUAGAAUCGAUAGUUUUUCAGGCAAUAAAAUUUUAAAGAUUAGAUAACUUCUAACAAAAUUUUGCAGGAUCAUUCUAUAAGGCAGAUAUCCCAAUAAUAAAAUUUUAGACGAGGGUAAUCCCUAAAAAGCAAAAUCUAGACCAAUAUCAUUUAAGAUACGUGCAGACAUUCCAAGUAAAGUUCAGUAAGUUGAACUCAGUAGUCUAAUAAACAGUUAUAAAACAUAAAAUGAUUUACCAGGAAUACCCAGGGCCUUACCUUUUGUGAUUUAGUUAGGCAUUUAGGUUUUCUAACUUGAGCGGUGUAACAGUGUUGGGAAAAAUGAUGUGAUCCUGCCCCAAUAAUUUCUUUCAUUUGUUUCUCUUCUUUUUCUCGUUUAUUUUAGCUUCAUCAAUUUUAUAAAAGGAAUGAAAGAUUAUUUGAAAAAUAGGCAUUCAAUACUUAAAAGUUAUUGCCUUCUACAAAAGAAAAACAAGUAUUGCCACAGCACUUUAUUUUCAACCAAAUGAAUGUCACUGUCAUACACUGACUUGUACCUCUAAGUCCAUUUUGCUCAGAGUGGGCAGAUUGGGCAGAUGUCAUUGAAUAAUCAGUCACCAUCUAGAAUAAUAAAUCUCUUCCACUCAUGAUUUCAAAUUGCUUUUAAUUUGUGGACAUUACACAGUGUUUACACAAAUAUGUAACAUACACAAUGAGCAUUUUAAGUGCUAUUAGGUGUUUCUUCACCCUGGUAACAUUUUCUUGUUAACUGAAGUCUUUUGGGGACAGUACAUUAACUCAAAAUUUCUUAAAAUAUGUUCCACAAAACACCAGUACUUAAUGGUUCUUGAAGAAAAUGAUUUUGUGGUCAAACAAGCAUGCAAGCUCUAUAUUCUAUAUUUCUUGGAAGAAAAAAAUCACAUUAAGUGCCUAUCAAAAGACUAUCAAAAAUGUUUCAUUUUAUCUAACUCAGUGUAUCUCAUACUUUGCUAUAGAACUCCCAUUCCCAAUACUAUUGUAGGUGUAAUUCCACUUUGGCAGAUGUUGCCCUAACCAAAAGGAGAGGCUUCAAGGAUGGAAAUGUCAGCAUUGUGGCAGGUGUAUGGUUAUCUAGCAAGGCAAGCAACUCAGCAUGCUGUCCAACCAGCUGCUUGCUUUUUUUUGGAUUUAACAUGGUUCUUUUCAGUAGAAUAGAAAACCCCCAGUCCUUUUCUUUAUAUAAGUACACCAUAUGUAUUGAGGCCUUUUAUUGGUCAAUAUUUAGGUUAUAUAUAAUUUCUCACUGAAAAAUAUCUUGUUGAAUAUCUGAGUUUCUUGCUAUACAUAACAAGGGUUUCCCUGAGGUAUUUAUCAAAAGGUGAGAUUGGUAAGUCAGAGGUUAUGUUCAUGUUCAACCUCGCUAGAUAUUGCUGUAGAAAAGGAGAACAUCCUUAUGGUACCAAUUUACAACCCCUUCAACCAGUGAAAUAUUAUUUCCUUAUAUCCCCACUUCUGGUAUGUGCUUUAAUAUUUUCCUGGUAAAUAAUGAGUUGAGCAUCUUUUCACAUAUGUUUAUUGCUAAAUACUAUAGCUUGCCAAUUCAUAUGUAUUGCCCAUGUUCCUUUUUUUAAAAACAUUCAUAUAAAAAUAGUGGGAUUCUUAAAAAUAACAUUCUAGAUAGUAAUCCUUUACCUAGUAUUAUGAUGGACUCACCUUCUCCCAGACUGUGGCUUAUUUGUUUUUAUUGUGAUAUUGUCAUAUUAAAAUUUUAAAUAUGGAUACAAUCAUUGCUUUCAUUAUUACCCAAUAACCUUUAAAAUUCAUUUUUUACUAGACUCUUGAUUUUUUAGGUAAUCAGUUAUGUCAACUACAAAUAGAUAUGAUUUUUUCCUGAAUAUAGUGAUUAUUUUAUUAUUCUUACUCUAACAGAAAUAAUUUCCAGAACAAGACUUAGGAUUAGUGGUGAUAGAGGGCAUCUAGUUGUUUUUCCCAACAUAAUGGAAAUCACUUAGUGUAAUGUUUGCUCUGUGUUUGAGGUAAACAGACCUUGUGUGGUUCACUUGUUUCCUUCAGUCCCUAUUUAACUUUUUUUUUUUUUAAUUAAAAAUGCCUGCUGGGGCUUUCCUGGUGGCGCAGUGGUUGAGAGUCCACCUGCCAAGGCAGGGGACGCGGGUUCGUGCCCCGGUCCAGGAAGAUCCCACAUGCCGCAGAGCGGCUGGGCCCGUGAGCCAUGGCCGCUGGGCCUGCGUGUCCGGAGCCUGUGCUCUGCAACGGGAGAGGCCACAACAGUGAGAGGCCCGCAUACCGCAAAAAAAAAAAAAAAAAAAAAAAAAUGCCUGCUGAAUAUUGUCAGAUGCCUUUUUGGCACAGAUAUAUUUUCCUUCUUGAAUUUGUUAAUGUGAUAAGGUGUACUUUGGUCAUUAAGGCAACAUGAUACUGAUGCAAAACGAACAAGUAGACCAACAGAAUAAAAUAAAGAGCCCUGAAACAGACCUACAUACAUGUGGUCAUCUGAUUUAUGACAAAGGUUCCUCUGCAGUGUGGUUGCAGAGGAAGUGAUGUUCUUUUCAAUAAGUAGCACUGGAUCAAUUGCAUAUCCAUAUCGAUAAGAAAUUAACCUUGGCUCUUAUCUUACACUUCACACAAACCAAUUCCAGAUGUGUUAAUGAUGUAAUUGUAGAAGAUAAGAUAAGGACUUUAGAAGAAAACAUAGAAUAUCUUUCUAGCCUUGGGAUAGCAAAGAUUUCUUAAACAGAACACAAAAAGCACUAACCAUAUAGAGAAAAAAAGGUAAAUUUUACUAUAUUAAAUUAAAAAAUCUAUUUUCAUCAAAAGACACCAUUAAAGUGAAAAGGCAAGCCACAGACUGGGAGACUAUAUUCACAAUACAUAAAUUUGACCAAGAAUAUAUAAAGAACCACUACAAAUCUAAGUGACAGACAACCAAAUAAGAAAUGGGGGUACUUCCCUGGCGGUCCAGUGGUUAAGACUCCGUGCUUCCAUUGGAGGCCGUGCAGCAUGGCCAAAAAUAAAAUAAACACUUCCAAAAAAUGGAUAUCCAAAUGGCCAAUAAAGAUAUCAGACCGUGCUCAUGUUCGUUAAUUAUCAAGAAAAUGGAAAAAUUAAAAUCACAAUGUGAUAUGGCUGUACACCCACCAGAAUAGCUAAUAAAAAAAAUGCGUGCAAAUGCUUGUGCAUAAUGCAUACCUGGAGGGUGCCAUGGUGUGCUCUGGCUAUUUCAAUAUGCUAGUGGAUAUUAAAGACAAGAUCCCCAAUCUCCAGGAAAAUCUGGAAAGCAGACAACCAGUGAGUACGUAACUAAGAAAACUUCACAUAUUGAUAAGGGUCAUGAAGAGAAAGAUACUGGGAAGGAGAAUUACUGGAGGGGGACAAUUCAGUUAAUCUUUUCGCCUGAAGUGUAUACAGUAUCUAUAGUGGUAGCAAUACAGGUUUUAUGUAAGUAUAGCCAGGCUAACACUGAAAAAGAAAAGCUACAAAGUGGUACUAGUCCAACCAGAUAAUUAAAAAUACUAAAAAGUCCCUAUAAUCGAAACGAUGUGGUACUCAUGCAUGAACAGACCAGUGGAAUAGAACAGAAUUCCAUAAGUAGACCCAAAUACAUAGGGGAUUUUAGUACAUAAAGGGACAGGGACGUGACACAUUCUAUUUUUUGUUUUUUGUGUUUUUUUACUUUAGGGACCAUAUUAAUGUUUUACAAAUUUCUAAAGUCAGUAACAGGGACUUCCCUGGUGGUCCAGUGGUUAAGAAUCCGUCUCGCAAUGCAGAGGACACUGGUUCGAUCCCUGGUUGGGGAACUAAGAUCCCACAUGCUGCGGGGCAGCUGAACCCGCAUGCCACAACUAGAAAGAAGACCGCGCACCGCAACAAACAGCCCACGCGCUGAAGCAAAAGAUCCAGCGUGCUGCAACUAAGACCUGACACAGCCAAUAAAUAAAUAAAUAUUUUUAAAAGUCAAUAACAACCAAAGGGGAAAGUGGGGAGGGAUAAAUUAAGAGUAUGGAUUAACAUACAGCUAUAUAUAAAACACAUAAACAACAAGGAUUUACUGUAUAGCACAGGGAACUAUACUCAAUAUCUUUUUUAAAAAUAAAUUUAUUUUAUUUAUUUAUUUUUGACUGCGUUGGGUCUUCAUUGCUGCGCGCAGGCUUUCUCUAGUUGCAGCAAGCGGGGUCUACUCUUAGUUGUGGUGUGUGGGCUUCUCAUUGUGGUGGCUUCUCUUGCUGUGGAGUACAGGCUCUAGGCACGUGGGCUUCAGUAGUUGUGGCAUGCAGGCUCAGUAGUUGUGGCUCGUGGGCUUAGUUACUCCACGGCAUGUGGGAUCUUCCCAGACCAGGGAUCAAACCAGUGUCCCCUGCAUUGGCAGGCGAAUUUUUAACCACUGCACCACCAGGGAAGUCCCUAUACUCAAUAUCUUAUAAUAACCUCUAACGAAAAAUAAUCUGAAAAAGAAUAUAUAUGUAUAACUGAAUCCCUUUGCUGUACACUUGAAACUAACACAAUAUUGUAAAUUAACUAUAGUUCAAUUUUUUUUUAAAGUGAAUAACAGAGAAGAGAACCUAAGUUGAAAUAUAAGCAAAAAAAAAAAAUAAAGUUUCCUUCACACUAAAGGGGAAAAAAGACUUAGGCAAGCAACUUUUUUUUUUUUUUCGGUACGUGGGCCUCUGUUGUGGCCUCUCCUGUCGUGGAGCACAGCCUCCGGACGUGCAGGCUCAGCGGCCAUGGCUCACGGGCCUAGCCGCUCCGCGGCAUGUGGGAUCUUCCCGGACUGGGGCACGAACCUGUGUCCCCUGCAUCGGCAGGCGGACUGUCAACCACUGCGCCACCAGGGAAGCCUGGCAAGCAACUUUUGAAGACAAUUUGACCAUAUUCCCUCAGGAUAAAAACAGAAGAAGAAAAAAAAAAAACCCGUAAACAAGUAAUUAACUCUUGUUAGUAGGAUUGAUUUACAUAGUGAUAUAGAUUAGUAAUUCUGGAACUAUUUCAUGUAUUCUAGAAUCAAGCAAAAAAGUAACUGUACUUGGGAGUAAGUAAAUAUAAUGGGAGCCAAGUUUGUUGUUGCUGGAGAAGGGCGUUGCAAUAGGGAGAGCAGGAGGCUAGGAUGAACCCUGUGGUGUUGGAUUGCAAUUGGAGGUAUCACUACAAAGUCAUGCUUUAAAAAAAAAAAAAUUAGAAAUUCAUAUAAAGGUGUGUGUAUGUAUGUCCCCCUAGCAGAGAGGACAUAGAAGCAAUUACACCGCCAUAGCAAUGAGAAUAUCCAGCACCCAGAUCCCAGGAACAAGGGCUCCUUGGAGAAAUAGCAUAAGACACUGAGCAGAGAAAACACAAGGUGAGAUUGGAACAUUCUGAGGUGGUAGAAAGUAGGGAAGCGCUCAAAAAAUGGUUGAAAUAUGUCAAAAAGUCACAGUAUCUCAAGGAGUUCUCACUGGCCAAAUCUGGACAAUCUGAGCAUCAAAACAGGUCAUAAUAGUAGCAGAUUGAGUAAAACCAUUGACUAACACAGUGACUAAAAGAAGAAUCCAUGAAACAUGCUUUAUAUUAGAAUGCCAACUUACAAAUGUAGAAGGAAUGGCGAAAUUAGAAAAUCACCAUCAAUCAACCAUCACAGUAAUCAUUGAUUCUGGUAAAAAUCAUCAAUGUAUGCCAAAACCAAUGGGUGAAAAUUUGAUGAGAAACAGAAUUUGAUGCCAUUGUAAAGUCUCUCUCCACAAAUAUUAAUUACAAAGGGAAAAGUAGUAACAUUACAGUGAAGAAACCUGGCAGACAGCAUCUUGACCAGUUAUCAAAGUUAACAUAACCAGUGUGGCACAAAAUGACAUCCUGUACCUCCAGAACAGAGUGACUCCUGUGAUAUUCCUGCCAAAAGGCAUAACCAGAAUUUAAUCAUAAGGAAAUCACAGAAAAAUGCAAAUUGAGCAAUGCUCUACAAAAUAACUGGCCUUUGCUCUUCAAAAAUGUCAAGGUCAAGAAGGACAAAGCUUGAAGAAUUGUUUCAGGUUAAAGGAGACUAAAGAGACAUGACAAGUGUAAUAUAUAACCCUGGAACAGAAAUUUUUUUUUUCUGUAAAGGCUUUAUUGGAACAAUUGUGAAUUUGAAUAAGGUAAAUAUUAAAAUAAAAGUAUUAUAUCCAUGUAAAUUUCAUAAUUUUGAUCAUUGUAAUUAUGGAGAUUAUGGGAGAGAAUGUCUUUGCUUUUAGGAUGUAUACACUGAAGCAUUUAGGGAUAAAGGAGCCUUACGUGGGUAACUGACUUUCUGAAUGAAAUUCCAAGUGUUCAGAAAAAAAUAGGAUCGUAAAGUAAAUGCAGUAAAUGUCAGCAUUUACAGAAUCUGUGUGAAGGGUAUACAGGAAUUCUUUGUGCUAUUCUUGCAACUUUUCUGUACAUUUGAUAUUAUGUCAAAAUAAAAAGUUUCAUUAACAAAGAAAGCAGGUUUGCAUUCUGCCUUCUCCAUUAAUUGCUCUGUGAUGUUGAACAGGUCGCUUCACCUCUCUGUGUUUCUGUGUCUGUUACAUGAGGAUCGAAAUAGUACCCACGUGAUGGGAUUGUUAUGAAAAAUAAUUAAUGCAUGUAACAUUCUUAAAACUAGGCCUGGUAAAAGAAAGAGCACUUUAGGGCUUCCCUGGUGGUGCAGUGGUUGAGAAUCCACCUGCCGAGGCAAGGGACACGGGUUCGUGCCCCGGUCCGGGAAGAUCCCACAUGCCAUGGAGCGGCUAGGCCCGUGAGCCAUGGCCAUUGGGCCUGCGCGUCCGGAGGCUGUGCUCCGCAACGGGAGAGGCCACAGCAAUGAGAGGCCCGCGUACUGCAAAAAAGAAAAGAAAAGAAAAGAAAGAGCACUUAAAUUUUAGCUUUUAUAAUUUUUACUUGAAAAUUUGUCUUUCUUCACCUCCAAAAAGUUUUCUCUGUCUUCCUUUCUUUCUUAAAAUUCCCUUUUCUUCCUUAUUAUUGGUUUCUCCUUGUAGAAUUCCUAUUAGACAUUAGAAUUUCUGGCACUGCCUUUCACAUGUCAUUUUCUCUCAUGUUUUCCACUUUUAUCCUUUUGUACAGAAUUUUGGGAGAAACUCUGAGCAUGAUUUUUCUAUUCUUAUAGCUACUCUUCCACAUAUCUCCAAUUCUACUAUUCAGCCAAGCUGUUGAGUUAUUUACUUCAUGUGUUUAAUCUCCAAGAAAAUAGAUUGGUUUUAAAAAAGCCUAAUCUGGGUUUAUGCAUACUCUUUCUUUUCUGGUGUUUCAGAAUGUAAGGAGUGAGGUGGAGGGCAGUGGUGGGGGGCAAGGCAGAGGCUUAAUUGAGUUUUUAAAGUUCUGUUCCAAAUUCUUGAGGUCCAGCCACUUUUUUGCCAUUGGAAUCCUUAAAACACUCUAGUAUAGUUAUAUAAAUCUCACUUUUCACUGUUACUCCUUAAUUUAAAAGGUCUAAUGCAAGUUUCCUGCACCCAUUGUCUUGUUCUAUAGUCUCAUACUUUAUUUUAUUUUAAAAAAUAUUUAUUUAUUUAUUUAUUUAUUUAUUUAUUUAUGGGCUGUGUCAGGUCUUAGUUGUGACACUCAGGAAUCUUUCAUUGCUGUGCGCAGGCUCCAGAGCACGUGGGCUCAGUACCUGUGGUGCGUGGGCUCUCUAGUUGUGGUUCGCAUGCUCAGUAGUUGCGGUGUACGAGCUUAGUUGCCCUGCAGCAUGUGGGAUCUUAAUUCCCCAAGCAGGGAUCGAACCGGCAUCCCCUGCAUUUGCAAGACAGAUUCUUAACCACUGGACCACCAGGGAAGUCCCUACAUUAUUUUAAAUAAGGUUUUCUUUUAGAAUGGUUUUAGAUUUACAGAAAAGUUGCAAAAAUAGUUCAGAGUUCCCAAAUAAUGAGCACCCAGUUUCCCCUUUUGUUAACAUCUUAUACUACUAUGGUACAUUUGUAUAUCCUUAUUAACUGAAGCCCAUACUCCAGUCAAAUUUCCUUAGUUUUUACCUAAUGUCCUUCUGUUCCAGAAUCCUAUCCAGGAUACCAUAUUACAUUUAUUCCUCUGUGUCCUUAUGCUCCUCAAGACUGUGACAGUUUCUCAGAGUUUCCUUGCUUUUGAUGUCCUUGACAGUUUUGAGGAGUACUGGUCAGUUGUUUUAUAAAAUGUCCCUGAAGUUGUGACUGUCUAAUGUUUUUUUCCUAGUUAGACUGGGAGUUUGAAUUUGGGGGAGGUAGACCACACUAACUGCCACUGUUACAACAUCAUAUUAGAGGUAUAUGCUAUCAACAUAACUUAUCACUGAUGAUAUUAGCCUUGAAUUCCUAGCCAAGGUAGUGUUUGCCAGAUUUCUCCACUGUACAGUUAUUUUAUCCCUCUUCCCAGGCUAUGCUCUUUGGAAGGAAGUCACUAUGCACAGCCCACACUUAAGGGGUGGGGAGUAAUGCUUCAACUACUCGAGGAGGGGUAAUCCACACAAAUUAUUUAGAAUUCUUCUAUGUGGUAGAUUUGGUCAAUCUCCCCCAUUUAUUUAUUCAACUAUUUAUUUAUGUCAGGAUGGACUCACUGAUAUUUAUUUUAUACUUUGGGUUAUAAUUCAAUAUUAUGUAUUUUUGUUUUUGUUUUUGUUUGUUUUUCUCAAAUUGUUCCAGCUUUGGCUAUUGUGAGCUCUUUCAGUUAGCUCCUGUGUCCCUUUGACAUACCCCAUCAUUUUGUUUUUUGAAGCACUUCCUUUAUUUUCUGGUGCUACAAGACAUUGCAGGCUCAUCUUGUAUAUUUCCUGCCCAGCCUUAGAAUCAGCCAUUUCUCCAAGGAGUUCUGGUUCCUGUCAACCUAAAUAAACCUAAGAGGCAAUAAUCAAGCAAAAAAACAUUUAUUUGGGAUCGAAGAAUUGCAAUUUGAGGCACAUAGAUUCUAGUAACAACCCAGUGUCCCGCUAGGGAGUAAAAGUCAGGGACUUUCAAAGGCGAAGAAAGGAAGUUUGCAUUACAGACUCUUAACUGGAGUUGGAGGCAGAAGCUAGUUUCGGCUAAACAUGAUUGGGUACUAAGGCUACCACUGCAGUGAGGUAAAAGUCCGUUACUGUGACAAGUUGCAGGUGUUCUUGCAGAGUCCUUGGAAUAUCUGUGGUUUGGCCUCACCUGGCUCCACCUGGUGAGGACGUGCAUAAGGUCCACCUUCUAAUGGCCUUCUGGCUCCAUUUUAAAACCCCUUGACAUUAGUGACUCCAUUUUAUUUCAUAUUUCACACUUCUUUCAUUGUUGAAUGAUAUUAGAAACCAAAUGCUGGGCAUAGGAAUUGCUCAUUUUUCCUGGGAUUGCUUCUAGGCCCUCUCAGCAGACAGAGCUGGAGAACAUAUUUGUGUAUACUAAUGCAGGUAUAUAUACAAAUCUAUAUUAUUUAUAUAUGUGUAUGUAUUAAGCUAAAUAUGAAUUCAUAUUGAUUUCUCUGACUCUAAUCCAGUAACAAAUAGUUCAUUCUGCCUUCUGUGAUAUUGUGUUAUAAUAAGAAAUAUAUAUUUGGUCUUAUACCUCAUUCCUGGCACAGAGCUCCUAAAACCCUUGAAAUUUCCUACGUGAUGAGAGUGAUAAAGGUGUCUUUUGUUGUGUUAAGGAAGUGACUUUUGGAAAGCACCUAAGGAUGAGAUCUGGUAGCCAGUGGAGCUAACCGUGUGAUUAGAAAUUGAAACUUUCAGUCCCCCUUUUCCUCUCCUUCACUACCGUUCCACCUCUGGGGAGGGGAGAGGAGCUGGAGAUUGAGUUCAAUCAUGCCUAUAUAAUGAAGCCUCCAUAAAAACCCAAAAGGAGGGAGUUCAGAGAGCUUCUAAGUUAGGGAACCAGAAUGCUUCCAUGUGCCACUGUUCCCGGCCCCAAACUCCAUGAGAAUAGAUGCUCCUUUGGGAUGUUCCCCUCCAUAUCUCUUCACUUGGCUGUUCAUUCAUAUCCUUUAAUAUCCUUCAUAAUAAAUCGGUAAUCUAGUAAGUAAAUGGGUUUCCUUAGGUCUAUGAGCCAUUCUAGCAAAUUAAUCAAACCUGAAGAAGGGGUUGUGAGACCAUAACCAAUUGGUCAGGAACAGGUAACAACCUAGCUUCCAAUUGGUCAGAAGCACAGGUAACAAUCUGGGCUUACAAUUGGCAUCUGAAGUGGUGAGGAGUGGGCAGUCUUAUAAGACUGAGCCCUCAGCCUGUGGAAUUUGAUGCUAUCUCUGGGAAAAUGGUGUCAGAAUUGGGUUGAAUUGUAGGACAUCCAGCUGGUGUCCGAAAAUUGCUUGGUGGCACACAUUGUAAUUGGUGACUGGAACCCUCUUAUCUCCCCACCUUGGGUGGUCUGGAACUUCCCACUCCAAGACUGAGGAACCUGGCUUUCAUUGUCUUUCAUCCAUUUAUUUAUUUGUUUACAUGUAGUGGUUUCAGAAUUGUUUACCCAUACACCGUUUACGUACACUUGUCUUUAGACUUACAGUUUCUACUCAUUCCCAAAGUUACUUAAGUCAGCUUUCCCCACCCCCCAUAUUCUUCAAUGAGGUUUAUCAUACUUUUUUUUUUUUUGCGGUACGCGAGCCUCUCACUGUUGUGGCCUCUCCCUUUGCGGAGCACAGGCUCCGGACGCGCAGGCUCAGCGGCCAUGGCUCACGGGCCCAGCCGCUCCACGGCUUGUGGGAUCUUCCCGGACCGGGGCACGAAUCCGUGUCCCCUGCAUCGGCAGGCGGACUCUCAACCACUGCGCCACCAGGGAAGCCCUAUCAUACAUUUUUAAUACAACUGGAUUCAAUUGGAUUGAAUUGGAUUUUUUGUCAUUGUCUGAAUUUCAUCCUGGGAUCCCUCAGAAUCAACUUCCUAAUUUAUUUUUUUUGUGAGUAAGCAUUAAGUUUCACUAUUUGUGCUGUUAUGUUCUACGGAUUUGGACAAAUGCAUAGUGUUAUAUAUCCACUACCACAGUAACAUACAGAAUAGUUUCACCAUUCUAAAAAAUUCCCUGUGCUUCACAUGUUCAACUCUUCCAAAUCCCUAAACCUCUGGCAAUCAGUGAACUGUUUAAUGUCUUAAUAGUUUGCCUUUUUCAGAAUGUCAUAUAAAAUGUAUGUAUGUAUGUAUGUAGCCUUUUCAGACUAGUACCCUUAUAAGAAGACAGGAGAGCUUGCUUAAGCUCUUUCUUCUUUCUGCCAUGUGAAGAUGAAACAAGAAGAUAACCAUCUGCAAACCAGGAAGCAAGCCCUCACUAGACACUAAAUCUGCCUAUGCCUUGAUCUUGAUCUGCUGGCUAGCCUCCAGAACUGUGAGAAAUAAGUGUUUGUUGCUUUGGCCACCCAGUCCAUCCUAAUUUGGUUUUUGUUUAUUAUUUUAUAUGGAGCAGCUGUUUUAUUUAUUUAUUUUAAGAAUUUUUUAAAAAAUUAAUUAAUUUAUUUUUGGCUGCAUUGGGUCUUCAUUGCUGUGCAUGGGCUUUCUCCAGUUGCGGCGAGCAGGGGCUACUUUUCGUUGUGGUGCGUGGGCUUCUCAUUGCGGUGGCUUCUCUUGUUGCAGAGCACGGGCUCUAGGCACGUGGGCUUCAGUAGUUGUGGCACACGGGCUCAGUAGUUGUGGCUCAUGGGUUCUAGAGUGCAGGCUCAGUAGUUGUGGCGCACGGGCUUAGUUGCUCCACGUCAUGUGGGAUCUUCCCGGACCAGGGCUCGAACCCGUGUCCUCUGCAUUGGCAGGCGGAUUCUUAACCACCAUGCCACCAGGGAAGCCCCUUAUUUUAAAAAAAUAUAUUUAUUUAUUUAUUUGGCUGAGCCAGGUCUUAGUUGCGGCCUGCGAUAUCUUCGUUGCCGCGUGCGGGAUCUUCAUUGUGGCAUGUGGGAUGUUUAGUUGUGGCAUGAGAACUCUUAGUUGUGGCAUGUGGGAUCUAGUUCCCUGACCAGGGAUUGAACCCGGGCCCCCUGCAUUGUAAGCGUGGAGUCUUAGCCACUGGACCACCAGGGAAGUCCCUAUCCUAAUUUGUUAUAGCAGCCCAAAUUAAGAUAGUGGUGAUAUCUCGUUGUUUUAAUUUGCAAUUCCCUAAUGACAAAUGAUAUUGAGAAUAUUUUCAUAUGCUUAUUUGCCACCUGUAUAUCUUCUUUGGUGAGGUAUAUGCUCAAAGCUUUUGCCCAUUUUUCAAAUGGGUUAUUUUCUUAUUGUUGAGUUUUAAGAUUUUAAAAAUAUAUUCUGGAUACAAAUCUUUUAUUAGAUAUGUAUUUGCAAAUAUUUUCUUUCAGUCUAUGGCUUGUCUUUUCAUUCUCUUAGUGUCUUUCACACAACAAAUGUUUUUG